GAAAGAUGGCGUCGACCGCGGCGGCCCGUACUGUCAGCGGGGCUGGGAAAGUAGUUAAACCGAUUUUUAGUCGUGAUCUUGAUGAGGCUAAAAGGAGGGUUCGGGAACUUUAUCGUGCGUGGUACAGAGAAGUCCCAAAUGCAGUUUCUUUGUACCAACUGGACAUCACGGCGCGUCAGGGGAGAGACAAGGUGCGCGAGAUGUUCAACAAAAACAAGCACGUGACGGAUCCGCGUGUUAUCGACAUGCUCGUCAUCAAGGGUAAGAUGGAGCUCCAGGAGACCAUCCAUGUGUGGAAGCAGAAAACCCACAUCAUGCGAUACUUCCAUGAGACAGAGACGCCGCGUCCCACAGACUUCCUGUCCAAAUUUUAUAACGGACAUGACCCUUAAAUCACCCUCCCCCCUUUAAACCCCCAGUGUACUUGUCUCUCUUGUUUCUUGAUGAAACAGUGUAGUAGAUUUCCGAUACCGAACUGUAAAUAUAAUGUGUUCUACCA